AUGAAACCUUGGCAAUCACCUUUGGAACAAAAUCUAAGAUUAUUGAGGCAGAAAACACAAAAUGGAACCAGCAGUUGGCAGGAGACACAGAAUGGAACCCAGCAGUUCUGGGUAAAAAUGAAUUUGACUUUCAGUAAGGAAAGAGAUGAGUUUAUUUACUUGAGACUGAAAGCUUAAGGCCUGGGGCUGAGAACUGAAUCAGGUCAAAGAGCAGUACUGAAUGCUGAAGAAAUGCAUAGCUUUAAUUUUGCCAUCACCACCUUCAUGGGAAAAAUGGCCCUGGAGAGGAUCUGGAAUAAACUGGGUCUAAACUAG